AUGGAGUGGAAAAUACUUCCAAUUUACUUGCUGCUGCUUUCUGUUUUCUUGAUUCAGCAAGUUUCUUCUCAAGAUUUAUCAAGCUGUGCAGGGAGAUGUGGGGAAGGGUAUUCUAGAGAUGCCACCUGCAACUGUGAUUAUAACUGUCAAUACUACAUGGAGUGCUGCCCUGACUUCAAGAAAGUCUGCACUGUGGAGCUUUCCUGUAAAGGCCGCUGCUUCGAGUCCUUUGCAAGAGGGAGGGAGUGUGACUGUGACUCAGACUGUAAGAAGUAUGGCAAGUGCUGUUCCGAUUAUGACAGUUUUUGUGAAGUGCGUAAUCCCACAUCACCACCACCUUCAAAGACUGCACCUCCACCUCUAGGAGCAUCUCAGACCAUCAAAUCAACAACCAAACAUUCACCCAAAUCACCAAACAAGAAGACAACUAAGAAAGUUAUAGAAUCAGAGGAAAUAAUAGAAGAACAUUCUGUUUCUGAAAAUCAAGAGUCUUCCUCCUCCUCUUCCUCUUCAACUAUUCGGAAAAUCAAGUCUUCCAAAAAUUCAGCUGCUAAUAGAGAAUUAAAGAAGAAACCCAAAGUUGUAAAAGACAAGAAGAAAAGAACCCCUAAAAAGAAACCUACCCCCGAACCACCAGUUAUAGAUGAAGCUGGAAGUGGACUGGACAACAGUGAUUUCAAGCUCACCCCAACUCCUGAUGGUCCCACCACUCAACGUAAUAAAGUUACCACAACUCCCAAGAUUACAGCAGUAAAACCAAUACUUGCUAAACCCAGUCUUCCACCUAAGUCUGACAUAACCACAGAGAAACCUUCGACAGCCAAUAAGGAGACAACAGUUGAAACUAAAGAGACGUCUACAACAAAUAAACAGACUUCGACUAGUGCAAAAGAGAAGACUACUUCAGCUAAAGAGACACAAAAUGCAGAGGAAACAUCUACUAAAGAUUUUGCACCCACAUCUGAAGUUACUGCUACAUCUACACUCAAAGCUGAAACUAUAACCAAAUCCCCUGCUCUCACCUCUGCCAAGGAGCCUGUACCUACCACCCCCAAGACACCUACACCCACCACUCCCAAGGAGCCUGCUCCCACCACCACCAAGGAGUCUACACCCACAACCCCCAAGAAGCCCGCUCCCACCACCCCCAAGAAGCCACCUGCAACUACCACCCCCAAGGAGCCUGCACCUACCACCACCAAGGAGCCAGCUCCCACCACUACCAUGGAACCUGCACCUACCACCACCAAGGAGCCUGCACCCACCACCCCCAAGGAGACAGCUCCCACCACCCCCAAGGAGCCUGCACCUACCACCCCCAAGGAGCCUGCACCUACCACCCCCAAGGAGCCUGCACCCACCCCCCCCAAGAAGCCUGCAUCUACCACCCCCAAGAAGCCUGCAUCUACCACCCCCAAGGAGCCUGCACCUACCACCCCCAAGGAGCCAGCUCCCACCACCCCCAAGGAGCCUGCACCUACCACCCCCAAGGAGCCUGCACCUACCACCCCCAAGGAGCCAGCUCCCACCACCCCCAAGGAGCCUGAACCUACCACCCCCAAGGAGCCUGCACCCACCCCCCCCAAGAAGCCUGCAUCAACCACCCCCAAGGAGCCUGUAUCUACCACCCCCAAGGAGCCUGCACCCACCACCCCCAAGGAGCCUGCACCCACCACCCCCAAGGAGCCUGCAACCACCACCCCCAAGGAGCCUGCACCCACCACCCCCAAGAAGCCUGCACCCACCACCCCCAAGGAGCCUGCACCCACCACCCCCAAGGAGCCUGCAUCUACCACCCCCAAGGAGCCUGCACCUACCACCACCAAGGAGCCAGCUCCCACCACUACCAUGGAACCUGCACCUACCACUCCCAAGGAACCAGCUCCCACCACCACAAAGGAGCCUGCACCUACCACUCUCAAGAAGCCAGCUCCUACCACCACCAAGGAGCCCACUCCCACCAGCCCUGAGAAGCCUGCACCCACCACCCCCAAGGAGCCUGCACCCACCACCCCCAAGGAGCCUGCACCCCCCACCCCCAAGGAGCCUGCACCCACCACCCCCAAGGAGCCUGCAUCUACCACCCCCAAGGAGCCUGCACCUACCACCACCAAGGAGCCAGCUCCCACCACUACCAUGGAACCUGCACCUACCACUCCCAAGGAGCCAGCUCCCACCACCACAAAGGAGCCUGCACCUACCACUCUCAAGAAGCCAGCCCCCAAGGAGCCUGCACCUACCACCCCCAAGGAGCCAGCUCCCACCACUACCAUGGAACCUGCACCUACCACUCCCAAGGAGCCUGCACCUACCACCCCCAAGGAGCCUGCACCUACCAUCCCCAAGGAGCCAGCUCCCACUGCCCCCAAGGAGUCUACACCCACAACCUCCAAGAAGCCUGCUCCCACCACCACCAAGGAGCCUGCACCUACCACUCCCAAGAAGCCAGCUCCUACCACCACCAAAGAGCCCGCUCCCACUACCACCAAGGAGCCUGCACCUACCAUCCCCAAGAAGCCAGCUCCUGCCACCCCCAAGGAGCCAGCUCCAAGUUCUCCUGAGACCCCUGCUCCAACUUUUCCUGAUACACCUGCUCCAACCACCUCAGAGGCCUCUACUUCAACUACCACCAUGGAGCCUCCCACUACUCCCAAGAGCUCUGCUAAAUCAGCUCCUGAGUUUCCUAUAGAACCCACACCAACGACUCUUGAAAACAGUUCCAAGGAGCCUGCUGUACCUACAACCAAGGCUCCUAAAGUAACCAAAUCUGAAAUGACUACAACAGCUAAAGACAAGGCCACAGAAAAAGACAUACAUACUACACCUGAAAUUACAACUGCUGUACCUAAAAUUAUAGCAGAGACAGCAACUAAAACAGAAGAAAAGACCACUGAAUGCAAAAUAACAAGUACAACCACACAAGUAACACCUACCACAACUAAGGAUACCAUGACAUCACCCAAAAUUACUCUUAAAGCAACAACUCUUGCACCCAAAGUAAUGACUCCAACAAAAAAGACAACUGAAAAGACUAUGAGCAAACCUGAACCAACAACAGCUAUACCAAAAGGUACAGCUACUAACUCUCAAGUGAUAACUCCUAAACCCCCAAAGCCAACCAAAACACCCAAAAAGCCCACUUCUACCAAAAAGCCCACUUCUGCCAAAAAGCCAAAAAUACCUAAAGUAAGAAAACCAAAGACUACGCCAACUCCCCCAAAGAUGACAACAUCAGCAAUGCCUACAUUGAACCCUACCUCUUUAGUGGAAGCCAUGCUCCAAACCACCACUAGCCCUAAGCAAACUCCCAACUCAGAAAUAAUUGAAGUAAAUCCAAAGAAUGAACAUGCAGAUGUUACCGAAGGAGAAAAACCUCACAUGAUUCCCAGGCCCCCUGAGUUAACUACUAUAGUUACUCCAGGCGCUGAUUUCAUAGUGAGAGGACCCAAUCGAGGCACUGGCAUCAAUCCCAUGUUUUCAGAUGAGACUAAUUUAUGCCAUGGUAGGCCAGUGGAUGGACUGACUACUUUGCGCAAUGGGACAUUAGUUGCAUUUCGAGGUCAUUAUUUCUGGAUGCUAAAUCCAUUGAGUCCACCAUCUCCACCUCGUAGAAUUACUGAAGUUUGGGGCAUUCCCUCCCCCAUUGAUACUGUUUUUACUAGAUGCAACUGUGAAGGAAAAACUUUCUUCUUUAAGGAUUCUCAGUACUGGCGUUUCACCAAUGACAUAAAAGAUCCAGGGUAUCCCAAACUAAUUUCCAAAGGAUUUGGAGGACUAAAUGGAAAAAUAGUAGCAGCUCUCUCAAUAGCUAAAUACAAGAACAGACCUGAAUCUGUGUAUUUUUUCAAGAGAGGUGGCAGCAUUCAGCAGUAUACUUAUAAACAGGAACCUAUCCAAAAGUGUACUGGAAGAAGGCCUGCUAUAAAUUAUUCAGUGUAUGGAGAAAUGACACAGGUUAGGAGACGUCGAUUUGAACGUGCUAUAGGACCUUCUCAAACACACACCAUCAGAAUUCACUAUUCACCCGUCAGAGUCACUUAUCAAGACAAAGGUUUCCUCCAUAAUGAAGUUAAAGUGAGCACACUGUGGAGAGGACUUCCAAAUGUGGUUACUUCAGCUGUAUCACUGCCCAACAUGAGAAAACCUGAUGGCUACGAUUACUAUGCCUUUUCUAAAGAUCAGUACUAUAACAUCGAUGUGCCAACUAGGACAGCAAGAGCCAUUACCACUCGUUCUGGACAGACCUUAUCUAAUGUCUGGUACAACUGUCCUUAGACUGAUGGGCGAAGAAGAAUCAACUAAUUAAAAUGAAGAAAAGAAUAAUAAAUUUUGACACUGAAAUACAUUUUUAUUAAUAAAGAAUGUUGAGAUAAGCAUACCAAUUUAAAUACAAAAAUGUUUUUAAACUCGACAAUCAUUACACUAAAACAGAUUUGACAAUCUUAUUCACAGUUACUAUAGUUUAUAGAACAUUUAAUUAAUAUUUCCUCUAUUUAUUCCUCCUCUCCCUCCCAUUGCAUGGCUCACACCUAUAAGAGAAAAAAAGAAUUAAACUGAGUGCAUCUUUUAAAAAGUUGACUCAAA